AUGGCAAGCACCGAACAGUCUGCUGUUGACUAUGUCCAAAAUAGCAAAAUACUUCUUGUGGAUAGCCUUGAGAACCCCACCCUGGUUAUUGACCACUUGCAUGAGCAAAUGGUUCUCCUUGAGGAGGAGGUCUCUUACCUGUCCUCCAUGUAUGAGAAGUCUGAUAGAUCCAGAAAAAUGCUGGACCUGACUGUUUGCAAAGGGGAGCCUGCCUGCUAUGAGCUUUUAAAGAUAUUGUACACCACCAGGAAAGUUUCACUGAAACAAGAUAUGCAUUAUUGGAUCAGCUGCUUUUCUUUCGGAGAUGACCCAGAGCUACAGAGUGACUUCACUCCUACUGGUAUGUGAUAUUGACAAUUAAAUCUGAUUUGUGGUAACUUAACACUAACUGUAAAAUUGUUAUAGAGCAUGCAUUACACAUCUAUAAGGACUAAGCAAAGCGUAAACAUCACAUCAUAGCUACAUAGAGCAUUAUUAAAGCUUAAAGGGGAACAACAUCCAAAACCAUUCAUUUAUUAUUGCUCCUAGAACUCCAUGGCUCAGUUAUAGACAGUUGGUCAGGACCCGCUCCUCUACCCUUUAGCUAGACCAAGCAAGUGCCUAACUCUGCUAACUCUGCCUUGCCACCGGACUUCCUCAGCCACUGAUUUAGUUAGAGCUUUAGUCAUUUAGAUAGCAUAAGAACACAUCAUAAGCCAUAGCAAAAUGGGUCUAAUAAUUGCAGGAAAUUACCUUUAAAAACAGAAACAUUUUCUCUCCGCCGCCUAGAGGGUGGUCUCUGUGAUAUAACACAUCUUGGUUGACAUUAUGACACCUUAUCAAGCCCAACUAACUCCUCCAUGCGGCUUCCUCUUCAAACAUAACAAUCCCAGUAUCAAUAUGAAUACAAUCGUUAAGCUUUAAUAAUACCCCAUAUACAGUGGGGAGAACAAGUAUUUGAUACACUGCCGAUUUUGCAGGUUUUCCUACUUACAAAGCAUGUGGAGGUCUGUAAUUUUUAUCAUAGGUACACUUCAACUGUGAGAGACGAAUCCAGAAAAUCACAUUGUAUGAUUUUUAAGUAAUUAAUUUGCAUUUUAUUGCAUGACAUAAAUAUUUGAUACAUCAGAAAAGCAGAACUUAAUAUUUGGUACAGAAACCUUUGUUUGCAAUUACAGAGAUCAUACGUUUCCUGUAGGUCUUGACCAGGUUUGCACACACUGCAGCAGGGAUUUUGGCCCACUCCUCCAUACAGACCUUCUCCAGAUCCUUCAGGUUUCGGGGCUGUCGCUGGGCAAUACGGACUUUCAGCUCCCUCCAAAGAUUUUCUAUUGGGUUCAGGUCUGGAGACUGGCUAGGUCACUCCAGGACCUUGAGAUGCUUCUUACGGAGCCACUCCUUAGUUGCCCUGGCUGUGUGUUUCGGGUCGUUGUCAUGCUGGAAGACCCAGCCACGACCCAUCUUCAAUGCUCUUACUGAGGGAAGGAGGUUGUUGGCCAAGAUCUCGCGAUACAUGGCCCCAUCCAUCCUUCCCUCAAUACGGUGCAGUCGUCCUGUCCCCUUUGCAGAAAAGCAUCCCCAAAGAAUGAUGUUUCCACCUCCAUGCUUCACGGUUGGGAUGGUGUUCUUGGGGUUGUACUCAUCCUUCUUCUUCCUCCAAACACGGCGAGUGGAGUUUAGACCAAAAAGCUCUGUUUUUGUCUCAUCAGACCACAUGACCUUCUCCCAUUCCUCCUCUGGAUCAUCCAGAUGGUCAUUGGCAAACUUCAGACAGGCCUGGACAUGCGUUGGCUUGAGCAGGGGGACCUUGCAUGCGCUGCAUGAUUUUAAUCCAUGACGGCGUAGUGUGUUACUAAUGGUUUCCUUUGAGACUGUGGUCCCAGCUCUCUUCAGGUCAUUGACCAGGUCCUGCCGUGUAGUUCUGGGCUGAUCCCUCAUCUUCCUCAUGAUCAUUGAUGCCCCACGAGGUGAGAUCUUGCAUGGAGCCCCAGACCGAUGGUGGUUGACCGUCAUCUUAAACUUCUUCCGUUUUCUAAUAAUUGCGCCAACAGUUGUUGCCUUCUCACCAAGCUGCUUGCCUAUUGUCCUGUAGCCCAUCCCAGCCUUGUGCAGGUCUACAAUUUUAUCCCUGAUGUCCUUACACAGCUCUCUGGUCUUGGCCAUUGUGGAGAGGUUGGAGUCUGUUUGAUUGAGUGUGUGGACAGGUGUCUUUUAUACAGGUAACGAGUUCAAACAGGUGCAGUUAAUACAGGUAAUGAGUGGAGAACAGGAGGGCUUCUUAAAGAAAAACUAACAGGUCUGUGAGAGCCGGAAUUCUUACUGGUUGGUAGGUGAUCAAAUACUUAUGUCAUGCAAUAAAAUGCAAAUUAAUUACUUAAAAAUCAUACAAUGUGAUUUUCUGGAUUUUUGUUUUAGAUUCCGUCUCUCACAGUUGAAGUGUACCUAUGAUAAAAAUUACAGACCUCUACAUGCUUUGUAAGUAGGAAAACCUGCAAAAUCGUCAGUGUUUUUAUUGCACUGCUUUGCUUUAUCUUGGCCAGGUCGCAGUUGUAAAUGAGAACCUGUUCUCAACUGGUUUACCUGGUUAAAUAAAGGUGAAAUAAAUAAAAAAUAAAAGUAUCAAAUACUUGUUCUCCCCACUGUAGCUAUAGUGCCAUGUGUUUUAUGUGCUUUUAGAUGCUUCAUAAUAUACAGUUAAUGUAAAUCAUUACCAAAAUAUCUUAGAAUCCAAUGGAUAACAAGUCAUUUUAUAAUAAUACUACAUUUGACGCUUGAGUGGUUCAGUUAUCUGCCAGACAUUUUAUUUAAUGCUCAAAUCCUGUAAUUUUCCUUGUUUCCUUAUUGCUUUAUCUUUUUUUUCUAGAUUCAAAACCUUGCUUCAAGUACAUGAGACAGUUGAAAUCGAAAGCGAUUCGGAUUUGUAAGGCAAGAUGGAAAAAACGUAUGUAUUGGCUAGAAAAUAGUUGUACAUUGAAACCAUUCACAUACAUACCUCUUGUUUUGGACGCAGACAGAAGUGUAUUUAAAAAAAGCAAGAUCUACAAAAGCAAGAUCUACAAAACAUCUCGCUCAAAAAAACUUCAAACUUACAUUCCUUCAUUCAUUACAAAAUUAUCCCCUGAUCAUUUACUGACAGGAAAUGAGAAAAACAUUCUGCUGGUUGGAAAACCUGGAAUAGGUAAGACUACAGUUGCCCUGGAGAUUUUGAAUCUUUGGGCACAGAAAGAGGACAAUACGGUGAACUACAUGUUUUACUUCAAUGAUUCCUUGAUGAGGUCUAUGUCACACUCUGAUGACCCCACAACUCUGAAGUCACUUUUGUUUGGCAAAUACGUCAAACCAGAGGAAGGGAUUGAUGAGAUUUUGCAAGAUAUUGAACAGAAUUCUGAAAAUGUCAUCAUUGUGUUUGAUGGAAUCAUGGAGACAAUCAGCAAUUCUGUAGUGAAGCGCAUUUUAGAGAAAGACCUUCUGUGUGAUGCUAAGAUUGUGGCCACAUGCAGACCAGAAGCAGAAGACAGUGGGUUUUUGUCUGACUGGCCAUCUUACCGAGUGGAAGUGCAAGGAUUCAAUAGCGAGUCAAUCAGUGCUUUCUUUAGGUGGAUGUUAGAUACGGAUGAGGAUACCGUUUGCAGAAUUUUGAAGAACCCUGAACUCUUUAGUCUUUGUCAUGUCCCAAUGUACGCCUUCAUAGUGACUGGCUGCAUCUGUUUGAGUGUUUCUGAAGCUAAAGAUCAUCCCUGCACUGUAACAGAAAUGUAUGUACAGAUCUUGCGAGAGAUGUUGAAAAAACGCAAUGACCAAACUACAGGACACCUGGAUGAAUACAUGCAUCGCCAAAAGGAGUCUAUCAGGUCUCUUGCUGAAAGCGCUUACCAAGCAAUGCUGGGUAAAACAGUCAGCGUGACAAGAUUGGAUUGCAAAGACCACAGUGUGCCAGAUGCUUUCCUGACAUCAUCUGCAACUAAGGACACAUCUUGGGUCUUUCUCCACAACACAAUACAGGAGUUUUUGGCCUCUGUUUUCCUGUUGAUGACACCAGACAAAAUCACCCAAGUCCUUCAGCAGUACCUGUGACACUCUGGCUCCAUGGACUUUGAUAUUUGAGCCAGGGUUGUUCAUUUUCAUUUGUUUGGGUGUAUUUCUAUGUUGGGGUGUCUAGGUUGUUGAUUUCUAUGUUUGGUGAUUGUGCUUGUUUAGUCAUAUGACUCCCAAUCGGAGGUAACGAGUGUCAGCUGUCGGCUCGUUAUCUCUGAUUGGGAGCCAUAUUUAUACUGUGUGGUUUCUCCUUGGUUUUGUGGGUUUUUGUUCCAUGUUCCUUUACAGUCAGUGUCACUGUGGACUUCACUUUCGUCUUUUGUUUUGUAGUUACGUGCUGUCUUUAUAAAAGUCAUCAUGUUCACUCCACGCGCUGCGUAUUGGUCCGCUUCUUCAGACGAUCGUGACAGAAAAACCCACCAAAGAAAGACCAAGCAGCGUGUCCAGGAGCAAGGAGACUGGACAUGGGAGGAGGCACCGGGCAAGGAGAUAGAGAGGCUGGCGAUGGCCCAGGUGGGCACAUCGUGGUCCUGGGAGGACAUGCUCGGAGGCAAGGGACCUUGGGGAAGGAUCAAGGCCCUGGCGAGAGAGGAGCAACGGCGGCAGCAGGGCCAUCGUCGGAGGGUCGUGAGUCAACCCCAGAAAAUUUUUAGGGGGGGGCACACGGCAUGGACGACGGGGCUGACGGAGGAGAAAAGGGGGAGUAUCCAGGAGGCCACCAGGCCAGGGGUACACCGCCCUGUAUGUCCUGUGCGGAUGCCUCACACAGAGUGUGUGAGGGUAGGCAUUCAGCCAGGACGGGUGGUGUCCGCUGUUCGCUCCAGGCCUCCUAUCCGUCUCCACAGCCCGGUCCGGCCUGUUCCUGCCACCCGCACCAAGUCUACGGUGUGCGUCGCCAGCCCGGUCCGGCCUGUUCCUGCCACCCGCACCAAGUCUACGGUGUGCGUCGCCAGCCCGGUCCGGCCUGUUCCUGCCACCCGCACCAAGUCUACGGUGCGCGUCGCCAGCCCGGUCCGGCCUGUUCCUGCCACCCGCACCAAGUCUACGGUGUGCGUCGCCAGCCCGGUCCGGCCUGUUCCUGCCACCCGCACCAAGUCUACGGUGCGCGUCGCCAGCCCGGUCCGGCCUGUUCCUGCCACCCGCACCAAGUCUAUGGUGCGCGUCGCCCGGCCAGAGUCUGCCGUCUGCCCAACGGCGCCUGAACUGCCCGUCUGCCCAACGGCGCCUGAACUGCCCGUCUGCCCAACGGCGCCUGAACUGCCCGUCUGCCCAACGGGGCCUGAACUGUCCGUCUGCCCAACGCCGUCUGAACUGCCCGUCUGCCCAACGCCGUCUGAACUGUCCGUCUGCCAAGCGCCGCAGGAACUGCCCGUCUGUACUGAGCCUGCAAAGCCGCCCGUCUGCCAUGAGCCUUCAGAGCCGUCCGCCAGACCGGAGCCGCUAGAGCUCUCCGCCAGACAGGAGCAGCCAGAGCCUUCCGCCAGACAGGAUCAGCCAGAGCCUUCCGCCAGACAGGAUCAGCCAGAGCCUUCCGCCAGACAGGAUCAGCCAGAGCCUUCCGCCAGACAGGAUCAGCCAGAGCCUUCCGCCAGACAGGAUCAGCCAGAGCCGUCCGCCAGACAGGAUCAGCCAGAGCCUUCCGCCAGCCAUGAGCAGCCAGAUCCGUCAGCCAGCCAUGAACAGCCAGAUCCGUCAGCCAGCCAUGAGCAGCCAGAUCCGUCAGCCAGCCAUGAGCAGCCAGAUCCGUCAGCCAGCCAUGAGCCGUCCAGCCAGGAUCCGCCAGAGCCAGCCAGCCAGGAUCCGCCAUUUAGUCAGGUACUGUCCCUUAGUCCGGUGCUGCCCCUUAGCCCAGUGCUGCCCCUUAUCCCGGUGCUGCCCCUUAUCCCGGUGCUGCCCCUUAUCCCGGUGCUGCCCCUUAUCCCGGUGCUGCCCCUUAGUCCGGUGCUGCCCCUUCGUCCGGUGUUGCCCCUUAGUCCAGGUGGGGUUAGUUGGAGGGUGGUCAUUGGGAGGAGGCUACUGAAGCAGGUUGUGACUGUGGUGGGGUGGGGAUCACGACCGGGGCCAGAGCCGCCACCGUGGACAGACGCCCACUCAGACCCUCCCCUAGUCCUUAUGUUGGUGCGCCCGGAGUUCGCACCUUUAGGGGGGGGGUACUGUGACACUCUGGCUCCAUGGACUUUGAUAUUUGAGCCAGGGUUGUUCAUUUUCAUUUGUUUGGGUGUAUUUCUAUGUUGGGGUGUCUAGGUUGUUGAUUUCUAUGUUUGGUGAUUGUGCUUGUUUAGUCAUAUGACUCCCAAUCGGAGGUAACGAGUGUCAGCUGUCGGCUCGUUAUCUCUGAUUGGGAGCCAUAUUUAUACUGUGUGGUUUCUCCUUGGUUUUGUGGGUUUUUGUUCCAUGUUCCUUUACAGUCAGUGUCACUGUGGACUUCACUUUCGUCUUUUGUUUUGUAGUUACGUGCUGUCUUUAUAAAAGUCAUCAUGUUCACUCCACGCGCUGCGUAUUGGUCCGCUUCUUCAGACGAUCGUGACAGUACCAGACCGAAGAAGGAAAGUACUUGAAGCACAUUUUCUCGUUCUUGUGUGGACUUACUAGUCAGUCCAAUAACAUGGUUGAAUCAAUUAAAUUCUUGAUUUCUGAGGAAGAGGUGAAAGAACUAUCUGACCAGUACAUUGAAAAGAUCAUAGACACAUUCAUCUGCUGUGAGACACAGCAGGACCCUGAUGAAUCCAAUUCAGAUGUUGAUGUGGAAAAUCUACUCUUCAUUUGUCAGUGCUUGUAUGAGCACCAGUCACCUGAGGCCUGCUUACUCCUCCUAGAAAAAGUGGGCUACGAGUUUGAUCUCAGUGGAGAACAUCUUGAUCCUCAACAGUGCUGUGCAGUGUCAUAUGUGAUCAACCAAUCCAAAGACAGGAAUGUUCGACUGGACCUGGAGAACUGCUCUUUGUCUGAUCCAGGACUAAGGCUGAUUCUCAGGGCUUUGGAAAAUCUCACAGUGCUCAGGUAUGACUCUUACAGUGGGGAAAAAAAGUAUUUAGUCAGCCACCAAUUGUGCAAGUUCUCCCACUUAAAAAGAUGAGAGAGGCCUGUAAUUUUCAUCAUAGGUACACGUCAACUAUGACAGACAAAAUGAGAAGAAAAAAAAUCCAGAAAAUCACAUUGUAGGAUUUUUUAUGAAUUUAUUUGCAAAUUAUGGUGGAAAAUAAGUAUUUGGUCAAUAACAAAAGUUUCUUAAUACUUUGUUAUAUACCCUUUGUUGGCAAUGACACAGGUCAAACGUUUUCUGUAAGUCUUCACAAGGUUUUCACACACUGUUGCUGGUAUUUUGGCCCAUUCCUCCAUGCAGAUCUCCUCUAGAGCAGUGAUGUUUUGGGGCUGUCGCUGGGCAACACAGACUUUCAACUCCCUCCAAAGAUUUUCUAUGGGGUUGAGAUCUGGAGACUGGCUAGGCCACUCCAGGACCUUGAAAUGCUUCUUACGAAGCCACUCCUUCGUUGCUCGGGCGGUGUGUUUGGGAUCAUUGUCAUGCUGAAAGACCCAGCCACGUUUCAUCUUCAAUGCCCUUGCUGAUGGAAGGAGGUUUUCACUCAAAAUCUCACGAUACAUGGCCCCAUUCAUUCUUUCCUUUACACGGAUCAGUCGUCCUGGUCCCUUUGCAGAAAAACAGCCCCACGUCUGGCACUGCAGGAUUUGAGUCCCUGGCGGCGUAGUGUGUUACUGAUGGUAGGCUUUGUUACUUUGGUCCCAGCUCUCUGCAGGUCAUUCACUAGGUCCCCCCGUGUGGUUCUGGGAUUUUUGCUCACCAUUCUUGUGAUCAUUUUGACCCCACGGGGUGAGAUCUUGCGUGGAGCCCCAGAUCGAGGGAGAUUAUCAGUGGUCUUGUAUGUCUUCCAUUUCCUAAUAAUUGCUCCCACAGUUGAUUUCUUCAAACCAAGCUGCUUACCUAUUGCAGAUUCAGUCUUCCCAGCCUGGUGCAGGUCUACAAUUGUGUUUCUGGUGUCCUUUGACAGCUCUUUGGUCUUGGCCAUAGUGGAGUUUGGAGUGUGACUGUUUGAGGUUGUGGGCAGGUGUCUUUUAUACUGAUAACAAGUUCAAACAGGUGCCAUUAAUACAGGUAAGAAGUGGAGGACAGAGGAGCCUCUUAAAGAAGAAGUUACAGGUCUGUGAGAGCCAGAAAUCUUGCUUGUUUGUAGGUGACCAAAUACUUAUUUUCCACUAUAAUUAGCAAAUAAAUUCAUUAAAAAUCCUACAAUGUGAUUUUCUGGAUAUUUUUUUCUCAAUUUGUUUGUCAUAGUUGACGUGUACCUAUGAUGAAAAUUACAGGCCUCUCUCAUCUUUUUAAGUGGGAGAACUUGCACAAUUCGUGGCUGACUAAAUACUUUUUUCCCCCACUGUGUUACUAUUACAGAGCUUGAUAGUAGCCUUAUUUAUAUGACUUCAUCAAUGUGUCACAAUGACACCCCGUAAAUAUACAGUCAGGUCCAUCAUUAUUGGUGCCCUUGAUAAAGUACUGAGCUAUAUUGUAUGCAAAAAAAAAAAGGAUAUAAUAUUAUUUUAUACAUACAAACUAUAUAUACAAAAGUAUGUGGACACCCCUUCAUAUUUGUGGAUUCGGCUAUUUCAGCCACACCCGUUGCUGACAGGUGUAUAAUUCUGAGCACACAGCCAUACAAUCUCCAUAGACAAACAUUGGCAGUAGAAUGGCCUUACUGAAGAGCUCAGUGACAUUCAACGUACCUGCCUGAAUGCAUUGUGCCAACUGUAAGGUUUGGUGGAGGAGGAAUAAUGGCCUGGGGCUGUUUUUCAUGGUUCAGCCUAGACCCCUUUUAGUUCCAGUGAAGAGAAAUCUUAACGCUACAGCAUAAAAUGACAUUCUCGACGAUUCUGUGCUUCCAACUUUGUGGCAACAGUUUGGGGAAGGCCCUUUCCUGUUUCAGCAUGACAAUACCCUGUACAUAAAGCAAGGUCCAUACAGAAAAGGUUUGUUGAGACUGGUGUGGAAGAAGUUGACUGGCCUGCACAGAGCCCUAACCUCAACCUCAUCGAACACCUUUGAGAUUAAUUGGAAUGCCGACUGCGAGCCAGGCCUAAUCACCCAACAUCAGUGCCCGACCUCACUAAUGCUCUUGUGGCUGAAUGGAAGGAAGUCCCCACAGCAAUGUUCCAACAUUUAGUGAAAAACCUUCCCAGAAGAGUGGAGGCUGUUAUAGCAGCAAAGUGGGGACCAACUCCAUAUUAAUGCCCAUGAUUUUGGAAUGAGAUGUUCAAUGAAAGAGAUUUUGUAACAAGUAAUACAAAAAAUCUAAAAAAGAUAGGUCAAAAUUAUAGGUAGCACCCUCCCAUUGUGAGGAUAACAUCACUGAGCCUUUUUCUAAAAUGUUUUAACAGGUUGGAGAUCAUAGCCCAUUCCUCCAUACAGAAUAUUUCCAGUUCCUUGAUAUCCUUAGUCUAUACUUAUAGACUGCCCUCUUCAACAACCACAGCCCACUGGGCACAGACGUCAACGUUGAUUCAACCUGUGUGUGCCCAGUGGGAGGUUUUCAAUGGUAUUGGUAUUCAAGUCCGGAGACUGAGAUGUUGAUUUUGUGGUCAAUUAACAAUUUCUUUGUGGAUUUUGAUUAGUGCUUGCUGGAAUAUCCACUUGCGGCCAAGUGUCAGCCUCCUGACAGAGGCAACCAUGUUUUUGGUUAAAAUGUCCUGGUAUUUGGUAAAGUUCUUGAUGCCCUUGACCUUAACAAGGGCCACAAGACCAAUGGAAGCAAAAUAGCUCCAUAAAAUCAAAGAUGCACCAUCAUAUUUUACCCAAACUGAUCUCAUAGUUUCACUUCGGGAUUUGAUGGAAUUGGAUGAACGUCGAUUUUUGACACAUUAAUUCCGCGUGGUUACUGGGUUCAUUUCGCGUGGUUAUAGGGUUAAAACCGAAACAACUCAAAGGGUUAAGUUUAGGUAUUAAUUCAGAGUGGUUAAGGUUAGGGCUAUGGUUUGGAGAAGGCAUAAAAGUAAAUAAUAAUACAAAUACACUGUUUCCAUUAGGGCUGUCCCCGACCCCAAAAAAUAUUGGUCGACCGCAAUUGAUUUGAUUGUGCCGCCUGGCUCAGACUUGCUGCGCUGUGUUUUUUAAAAAAAAACAGCAAGUGACUGUGUGACUAGCACCGGUUGUCUUUCUCUCCUCCUUGCUACAGUGUGUACAGCGCUGUCCGUGUUGCUGAAGCUGCAACAUAGUUACAGUAAUUUCUAACUGAAAAGCUAUGUUACCGAAAUAUGUUUAGGAAAAACAUUCCCUCAACCCUUGCUCUCUUUAUGUGACACAUGUAUGCUUUGCAUGCACGUGACCAAUAGGACCUAUAGCAUAUCAUAAUCACAUCAAGAAAUUGGUUAUAACAAACUCUGAACACUGUAACACAUGUGACAGCCAAAUGGAUGCGGAGGACGUGACAAAUAAACUCGAAACAGGGGAAUGUUUACUGGUUGCGCAGGAGGUAAAUGGGAAGUCAGAUGUGUGGAAUACAUUUGACUAGUUGUGGAAAAUACUGGAGAUCAAGAAAAAGAAGGUAUGGAGCAAGUGCUGCGUGCAACAGUCGCAUUCAUUCGUGAAUGCAAUGUCCGCAAUGAAACAGUUUAAGCCUAUUUAUUGUUUAUGCUAAUUAUUCAAUGGUCGCUUUGUUAUUUUAUUUUAAAACUAAAAUGCUUGAUUGCAUUUCACAUCAUGAAUGAAUCAUAUUCUGUGUGAUGACAUUAAUUAAUAAAUGAUUGAUUUAUACAGUAGCCUACAUAAAUAUUGAAAUAUAGGCCUAAGUAAGUAUUAAGACUAAACAGAAUGCGCUCUUAGGCCUACAGCUCGAUGGUGGUUAUAGAAGGCUGCUAUACUAAGCCUACUAAUUAUAUUGACAUUACUUAAUAUUAUAAUGAUGAUCAUAAUAAUAAUAAUAAUAAUACUAAACACAAUAAGAAGGAGCUCAAGGGAAAAGCAGGGUUAUUAUUAUUAUUAUAAAUAUACUUUUUCGGACAAUUUGGAACAGUGUAAACAACACUAAAUAAAUUAUAAAUCAUACAAGAGAGGCUGGUCUAACGACAAAAAGUGUAAAGCCUUUAUUACAGCAUAGCGAAGAUUAAAAACAUGAUUUUGUUAUAUAACUAGGCAAGUUCAGAAUCGUGGACAGCAACCGCUAUCCAACGUGAGAGAAAACGGAUCUGUUAUAAAAUUAUUAUAUAAAUUAGUGUUGCACCAUUGUUCCUAUGUAAUAUAACUAGAGAGAGAGAGAGAGAGAGAGAGAGAGAGAGAGAGAGAGAGAGAGAGAGAGAGAGAGAGAGAGAGAGAGAGAGAGAGAGAGAGAGAGAGAGAGAGAGCCCUAUAGCUGUACAGCAAAUCAGGAAUCUUUUGCAAGGGAGAACUGCGGCUACUGUCUCUGGCUGUGUGGAGAGUAGUCCACGUAGACUCUGUGCCACAAAAUGAGUGACAAAACCUGGCAAGAUAAUUUCAAGUCAUUUGAUUUUCUGUCGAGUCUCAACUCAUCAAAUUUGUGACUCUCAGACUCUAGUCCAAGUCAUGUGACUGGAUUCCACAACUCUGCGGUUUCCACAGUGGACUUAUCAGUUUUACACAUGCAGGGUAAUAGACUCUGUAGACAUUCAGGCUGGCCGGAGGCCCUAAUAUUUACAGAAGGCUGGAGUGGAGUGUUUAGCAACAUGGUUUGUUUUAUGGGGACAUAAAGAGGAACAUACGCUAAAGGCUAAUCCAUCCCCAGAUCAAAACACAGCGGGUGUGUCAGGGUCACUGUGGUUCAUGUGUGUGUGUGUGUGUGUACUUGUGUGUUUGUGUGCAUUUGUGAGCACACUUUCAUAUGUGUGUGUGUGGGUAACCAUAUAUAUGUGUGUGUGUGUGUUCGUGUAAGCACACUACCAUGUAUGUAUGUGUGUGUGUGUGUGUGUGUGUGGGUGUGUUUACUAACUAGAUAGCAGAGUCUAUCCCCCUCUCUCCAGUCUGGCUGUCUAUGUGAGCAUGUUUAUCUAGGGCUGGAGUUUUAACUUAAUCACUGCAGCCUUACGACUCGAUCACACCGACAGCGGCAUUGCGUUUUGGUACACCAGAAGUACAUUCAUUUCCAAUGGAAUGCUGCGUUUGCCUUGCAGCAUUGCAUUUCAGAGGCAGUUGCAGUGCGUUCUGUGUUCUGUGUGGUGCAUACGUUGGAUUUAUCCAACGUGUGCAUCAAAUUGUAUGCAUAGAUUUGACAGAAAUAGUAAUAAAAGGUGAAUGUUGAACUGUUGUUGCUCACAUAUCCAAUAACAAUGUUGCAUUGCAUAACUGCAAAAAUCUCUGAAGCUGGAGACACUUAUCUCCCUCACUAACUUUAAGCGUCAGUUGUCAGAGCAGCUUACCGAUCACUGCACCUGUACACAGCCCAUCUGUAAUUAGCCCACCCAACUACCUCAUCCCCAUAUUGUUAUUUACAAUGUUAUUUAUUUUGCUAAUUUGCACCCCAGUAUCUCUAUUUGCACAUCAUCUUCUGCACAUCUAUCACUCCAGUGUUAAUACUAAAUUGUAAUUAUUUUGCACUAUGGCCUAUUUAUUGCCUUACCUCCAUAACUUGCUACAUUUGCACACACUGUAUAUAUAUUUUCUGUUGUGUUAUUAACUUUAUGUUUUGUUUUGUUACCCCACCAAGUACUAAGUCAUGUUUUGCAGAGGGGUCAAAUACUUAUUUCCCUCAUUAAAAUGCAAAUCAAUUGAUAACAUUUUUGUCAUGCGUUUUUCUGGAUUUUUUUGUUUUUAUUCUGUCUCUCACUGUUCAAAUAAACCUACCAUUAAAAUUAUAGACUGAUCAUUUCUUUGUCAGUGGGCAAACGUACAAAAUCAGCAGGGGAUCAAAUACUUUUUUCCCUCACUGUACAUGGUUAAGAUUCCUCUAAAUAAUUUGAAUGACUUACAGAUGCUAUUUUACUACCACUGCUGCUAUCACUAUUUCCAAUUAUGACAAAUGUCAAACAUUCUGCUUUUGUUAGCUCUAAUGUAGGCCUACAUUGAUGAUAAAAUAAGUGUCUCAUCUUAACAAUCUUUUAGGUUAAUUUCACUCAAUGAUCAGAAAACACAUUCAUGGAAUGAGGAAGUGAAGUCAUUCCAGAUGGAUCUUUACAUCCAAGGAGCUCUCUAUGAGAUGAAGACGGGACAGAAAUGUGUACAGGGUCUGCUCCCUGUGCUUGCUCAUUUGAUUCACUCUGACUCUAUAGAGGAACAGAGCAAAUUCAUGGUUAGUCUGUACUCAAAGGCCCAUGACACCCAGGAAGGAGUUCUACCAGUGUUGCAGCCUGUUUUCCAGACAACUCCUGCAGUAUGGUACAUAGACCUCUCUGAGAAAGGAACCUCUGGCAUCCUUAAAGUGCUGAAAUUCCAGAAUGUGAAGAAACCAGUUGAGUUGUGGUGGUCGGAUAAAGAGAGUGAGAGGGAAUUGGCUGUUUUCCUUCAGUGUCUACCCCUAGGUGAGUCUAUAGUUGUGUAAUGAUCUUGAGAUGUUCUAGCAGUGUCCUAAUCUUGGCCUAGGAAGGCCACCAAAAAUUCAGACAUUUCCAUUCCGAACUACAACAUUUUCCGUCUAGAUAGAACUGCCAAAGGGGGUGGAGUUGCAAUCUACUGUAGAGAUAGCCUGCAGAGCUCUAUCAUACUAUCCAGGUCUGUGCCCAAACAGUUUGAGCUUCUACUUCUAAAAAUCCACCUUUCCAAAAAUAAGUCUCUCACUGUUGCCGCUUGCUACAGACCCCCCUCAGCCCCCAGUUGUGCCCUGGACACCAUAUGUGAAUUGCUUGCCCCCCAUCUAUCCUCAGAGUUCGUACUGCUUGGUGACCUAAACUGGGAUAUGCUUAACACCCCGGCCAUCCUGCAAUCUAAACUAGAUGCCCUCAAUCUCACACAAAUUAUCAAGGAACCUACCAGGUACAACCCUAAAUCCUUAAACAUGGGCACCCUCAUAGAUAUCAUCCUGACUAAUUUACCCUCUAAAUACACCUAUGCUGUCUUCAACCAGGAUCUCAGCGAUCACUGCCUCAUUGCCUGCGUCCGUAAUGGGUCCACGGUCAAACGACCACCUCUCAUCACUGUCAAACGCUCCCUAAAACACUUCAGCAAGCAGGCCUUUCUAAUUGACCUGGCCCUGGUAUCCUGGAUGGAUAUUGACCUCAUUCCGUCAGUAGAGGAUGCCUGGAUGUUCUUCAAAAGUGCUUUCUUCUCCAUCCAUUAAAUAAGCAUGCCCCAUUCAAAACAUUCAGAACUAAGAACAGAUAUAGCCCCUGGUUCACUUCAGACUUGACUGCCCUUGACCAGCACAAAAACAUCCUGUGGCGUAUUGCAUUAGCAUCGAACAGCCCCCGCGAUAUGCAACUUUUCAGGGAAGUCAGGAACCAAUAUACACAAUCAGUUAGGAAAGCAAAGGCUAGCUUUUUCAAACAGAAAUGUGCAUCCUGUAGCACUAACUCCAAAAAGUUUUGGGACACUGUAAAGUCCAUGGAGAAUAAGAGCACCUCCUCCCAGCUACCCACUGCACUGAGGCUAGGUAACACUGUCACCACCGAUAAAUCUACUAUAAUCGAGAAUUUCAAUAAGCAUUUUGCUACGACUGGCCAUGCUUUCCACCUGGCUACCCCUACCCCGGCCACCAGCUCUGCACCCUCCGCUGCAACUUGCCCAUUGCCCCCCCCCGCUUCUCCUUCACCCAAAUUCAGAUAGCUGAUGUCCUGAAUGAGCUGCUAAAUCUGGACCCCUGUCAAUCACCGCAUUCUUAUUGGCAGACUAAAUAGCCUUGGUUUCUCAAAUGACUGCCUCGCCUGGUUCACCAACUACUUCUCAGAUAGAGUUCAGUGUGUCAAAUCGGAGGGCCUGUUGUCUGGACCUCUGGCAGUCUCUAUGGGGGUGCCACAGGGUUCAAUUCUCGGGCCGACUCUAUUCUCUGUGUAUAUCAAUGAUGUCGCUCUUGCUGCUGGUGACUCUCAGAUCCACCUCUACGCAGACGACACCAUUUUGUAUACAUCUGGCCCUUCAUUGGACACUGUGUUAACAAACCUCCAAACGAGCUUCAAUGCCAUACAACACUCCUUCCGUGGCCUCCAACUGCUCUUAAACGCUAGUAAAACUAAAUGCAUGCUCUUCAAUCGAACGCUGCUUGCACCCGCCCGCCCGACUAGAAUCACUACUCUCGGCGGGUCUGACUUAGAAUAUGUGGACAACUACAAAUACCUAGGUGUCUGGUUAGACCGUAAACUCUCCUUCCAGACUCACAUUAAGCAUCUCCAAUCCAAAGUUAAAUCUAGAAUCGGCAUUCUAUUUCACAACAAAGCCUCCUUCACUCAUGCUGCUAAACAUGCCCUCGUAAAACUGACUAUCCUACCGAUCCUUGACUUCGGCGAUGUCAUUUACAAAAUAGCUUCCAACACUUUACUCAGCAAAUUGGAUGUAGUCAAUUCAAUUUCAAUUUAAGGGCUUUAUUGGCAUGGGAAACGUGUGUUAACAUUGCCAAAGCAAGUGAAGUAGAUAGUAAACAAAAGUGAAAUAAACAAUAAGUAUUAACAGUAAACAUUACACUCAGAAGUUUCAAAAGAAUAAAGACAUUUCAAAUGUCAUAUUAUGUAUAUAUACAGUGUUGUAACAAUGUGCAAAUAGUUAAAGUACAAAUGGGAAAAUAAAAUCAACAUAAAUAUGGGUUGUAUUUACAAUGGUGUUUUUUCUUCACUGGUUGCCCUUUUCUUGUGGCAACAGGUCACAAAUCUUGCAGCUGUGAUGGCACACUGUGGUUUUUCACCCAGUAGAUAAGGGAGUUUAUCAAAAUUGGGUUUGUUUUCGAAUUCUUUGUGGAUCGCUGUAAUCUGAGGGAAAUAUGUGUCUCUAAUAUGGUCAUACAUUUGGCAGGAGGUUAGGAAGUGCAGCUCAUUUUCCACCUCAUUUUGUGGGCAGUGUGCACAUAGCCUGUCUUCUCUUGAGAGCCAGGUCUGCCUACGGCGGCCUUUCUCAAUAGCAAGGCUAUGCUCACUGAGUCUGUACAUAGUCAAAGCUUUCCUUAAGUUUGGGUCAGUCACAGUGGUCAGGUAUUCUGCCACUGUGUACUCUCUGUUUAGGGCCAAAUAGCAUUCUAGUUUGCUCUGUUUAUUUGUUUGUUCUUUCCAAUGUGUCAAGUAAUUCUCUUUUUGUUUUCUCAUGAUUUGGUUGGGUCUAAUUGUGUUGUUGUUGCUGUUGUCCUGGGGCUGUGUGGGGUCUGUUUGUGUUUGUGAACAGAGCCCCAGGACAAGCUUACUUAGGGGACUCUUCUCCAAGUUCAUCUCUCUGUAGGUGAUGGCUUUGUUAUGGAAGGUUUGGGAAUCGCUUCCUUUUAAGUGGUUAUAGAAUUUAACGGCUCUUUUCUGGAUUUUUAUAAUUAGCGGGUAUUGGCCUAAUUCUGCUCUGCAUGCAUUAUUUGGUGUUUUACGUUGUACACGGAGGAUGUUUUUGCAGAAUUCUGCAUGCAGAGUCUCAAUUUGGUGUUUGUCCCAUUUUGUGAAUUCUUGGUUGGUGAGCGGACCCCAGACCUCAGAACCAUAAAGGGCAAUGGGUUCUAUAACUGAUUCAAGUAUUUUUAGCCAGAUCCUAAUUGGUAUGUCAAAUUUUAUGUUCCUUUUGAUGGCAUAGAAGGCCCUUCUUGCCUUGUCUCUCAGAUCGUUCACAGCUUUGUGGAAGUUACCUGUGGCGCUGAUGUUUAGGCCGAGGUAUGUAUAGUUUUUUGUGUGCUCUAGGGCAACGGUGUCUAGAUGGAAUUUGUAUUUGUGGUCCUGGCAACUGGACCUUUUUUGGAACACCAUUAUUUUUGUCUUACUGAGAUUUACUGUCAGGGCCCAGGUCUGACAGAAUCUGUGCAGAAGAUCUAGGUGCUGCUGUAGGCCCUCCUUGGUUGGAGGGCCUACCAAAGCCCCAUAUACUACCCACCAUUGUGACCUGUACGCUCUCGUUGGCUGGCCCUCACUACAUAUUAGUCGCCAAACCCACUGGCUCCAGGUCAUCUAUAAAUCACUUCUAGGCAAAUCCCCGCCUUAUCUUAGAUCAUUGGUCACCAUAGCAACACCCACCCGUAGUAUGCGUUCCAGCAGGUAUAUCUCACUGGUCAUCCCCAAAGCCAACACCUCCUUUGGUCGCCAUUCCUUCCAGUUCUCUGCUGUAAAUGACUGGAACGAACUGCAAAAAUCUCUGAAGCUGGAGACACUUAUCUCCCUCACUAUCUUUAAGCGUCAGUUGUCAGAGCAGCUUACCGAUUACUGCACCUGUACACAGCCCAUCUGUAAUUAGCCCACCCAACUACCUCAUCCCCAUAUUGUUAUUUACAUUGUUAUUUCUUUUUCUCAUUGGUACCCCAGUAUCUCUAUUUGCACAUCAUCUUCUGCACAUCUAUCACUCCAGUGUUAAUACUAAAUUGUAAUUAUUUUGCACUAUGGCCUAUUUAUUUCCUUACCUCCAUAACUUACUACAUUUGCACACACUGUAUAUAGAUUUCCUAUUGUGUUAUUGACUGUACGUUUUGUUUAUUCCAUAUGUAACUCUGUGUUGUUUUUAUCGCACUGCUUUGCUUUAUCUUGGCCAGGUCGCAGUUGUAAAUGAGAACUUGUUCUCAACUAGUUUACCUGGUUAAAUAAAGGUUAAAUAAAAAAUAAAUAAAUAAAAUCACUGGAUCUAUCAAGGCGUCAGUGUAAUGCGGUAGGCGAAGUCAGGCACAGGACACAGAGCUAAUCAAAAGGCGUACUUUACUCGUAGGUAAAAGAAUGAACAACAACCUCCACGCAGGGAGGGAACAAACCUGCACACUAAUGACAACCAAAACAUGAACAAACACGCACAACACACAGUGUGAGACAGAGGGUUAAAUAGGGAAGACAUCACUACAUGAUGGGAAACAGGUGUGACCAAUUAAGACAAAACAAGUCGAACAUAGAUACAUGGAUCGGUAGCAGCUAGUACUCCGGUGACGACGAACGCCGAAGCCUGCUCGAGCAAGGAGGAGGGGCCGCCUCGGCUGAAUCCGUGACAGGAUCUGAAUGUUCUUUGAGAAUAGACACACACAAAAAAGCUACAGAAGACUUGUCAUAAUCCAUUGUUUUUGUAUCUAUCUUUGUCUCUUUAAUCCAUUGGCAUAGUUCGAAGAGAAAAGUUGCUUACUAUCUCAGUGCAGAAUGAGACAUGUUAUCUGGUGUAAGAGGUGUUCCCCAUCAGAGACCCUGACAGUCUAUAAUCUAAUGAUCUUCUAUUCAACAUGAAGAGAGGGUUCCGAGAGGUUGUACAGUGAGUAUUAGGGUCAAUUUCUUUAUUUGAUUUUUAACAAUGUAUUUUCAUUCUAAAUUAUAUAGAUUCAAGGACUGCAUUCCAAACACCAAUGAUGCUAUAAAGGUGCUUGUGGAUCUCUUCAUCAAUGCAUCAAAGUUGGAAGGAGAGACACUAAAGAUGCUUUCAUCAGUAUGUGGAUACUCAGCAUUCCCCUUUGUGACAACGCUGGACAGUGUGCUUUUCUGUUAGAUCUUUACUCACAUGUGAGCGACUAUGAGACUAAAACAAGCAGAAGUAUCCUUCCAGCGUUACUGUCACUUUACCAGUCAACUCCUGAAGUCUGGUCCAUAGACCUCUCUGAGAGAAAGGCCUCCCUCCUCCUAGAAGUGCUGAAACUCCAACCAAAGAAACCAGUAGAACUGAGGGGCUGGUCAGAUGAUGAGAGUGAUGUGAGGAGUUUCCUUCAGUGUCUGCCCUACAUCUCAUACCUCAGGUUGGUUUGUUCAAAAGUUCUCUGUUGUAAUCAUAUCGCUGACAGAGAGUAAUUUAGAUGCCAUGUGGAAUUAUGAACUUGGGCCCAGUUUCCCAAAAGCAUCUUAAGGCUAAGGUUCUAAGGAUAAACUUAGUCUUAAUAUGCUUUUGGGAAACCGUGCCUUGGUCUUUGCAUUUAUCAUACUUGUGUGUAUGAUGUAGAGGUCUAUGUGUACCUUUUAUGUCAGGCUAAUAAUGUUUUUAUACUGACAGGUUUUUCUACAGACAGGAUGAAAGGGAGCUGCCUGAAGAGUGGAGGAUCACAUUUCCUCCAUGGAUUUGUAAUUUCCUUUUGAAAGUGUUUGUUCAAGGAGCUGUUAAUGACAUAUUGACAGGACAGAGGUCUGUUGAGGCACUCGUGUCUGUUCUGGGGUUUGCUCAUUCAAAAGACUCUCCAGAGAAGUGUAUGCUUCUGUUAGAUCUGUACUCAAAUGCGAAGGACUAUGAGAUUUCAACAGGCUACAGUAUCCUUCCAGCAUUACAGCCAGUUUACCAGUCAGCUCCUGCAGUCUGGUCAAUAGACCUCUCAGAGAGAAAGGCCUCCCUCCUCCAAGAAGUGCUGAAACUCCAACCAGAGAAGAAACCAGUAGAGUUGAGGGGCUGGUCAGAUGAUGAGAGUGACGUGAGGAGUUUCCUUCAGUGUCUACCCUACAUAUCAUACCUCAGGUGGGUUUGUUACCAACCUGGCUUGUGUUUUUCUCUCUCUAUUGAAUUAACAGUUAACUAUAUCAUGGAACAUUCAGUGUUUUGCGAUAUAUUGACCAAUCAUUUAUUUACAAUUUGAUAUAUUUGUAUACAUUAAAAUGUUUUCAUGUGUCUUUGCCUUGUUUAGAUUUUUCGCUCCCAGUUGUGACUGCCAGUUCUUCCUGUCCCUGUGUGAUGCACUCUCUGUGGUUUCUGAGGGAGAUGCACAGAUAUCUCACUCUCUCCUCCAGGCCCUACACUACACUCUCACAUUGUCAGGGUGGUUGCCCAGUGUAAGCUGCAAGGCAGUAGGAGCAGUCCUAGGCCAGUCCACUGCUGACGAGAAACUCGACGUCACUCUCACCCCACAGAGUAUCUCUCUCCAAGGAGCUAAACUUCUCUUCAAACAAGUGAAAGAGCUUCACAAGCUUAGGUAUUUCAAUAUUUUUAACACCCUAGAGUCUACUGAUGCACUGGUGCGUCAAAAUAAGUAACAAAAAUCCCCAUCAAAAUCCGUCAGUUUAAACUAGCGAUAUCUGGGCUGCGUCUCAAUCCACCACAUCUGCCUAUAGUGGUUUCCACAUCUGCGGUGGAAGGUGGCCGAUCUACAGCGGUGUUUGUCAGACCAUGAAACAUCCCGAAAAUCUGUUUUGUCACGAAAACGUACAGUGAGGGAAAAAAGUAUUUGAUCCCCUGCUGAUUUUGUACGUUUGACAACUGACAAAGAAAUUAUCAGUAUCAUUUUAAUGGUAGUUUUAUUUGAACAGUGAGAUACAACAACAAAAUGCCAAAAAAAAACGCAUGCCAAAAAUGUUAUAAAUUGAUUUGCAUUUUAAUGAGGGAAAUAACUAUUUGACCCCCUCUCAAUCAGAAAGAUUUCUGGCUCCCAGGUGUCUUUUAUACAGGUAAUGAGCUGAGAUUAGGAGCACACUCUUAAAGGGAGUGCUCCUAAUCUCAGUUUGUUACCUGUAUAAAAGACACCUGUCCACAGAAGCAAUCAAUCAAUCAGAUUCCAAACUCUCCACCAUGGCCAAGACCAAAGAGCUCUCCAAGGAUGUCAGGGACAAGAUUGUAGACCUACACAAGGCUGGAAUGGGCUACAAGACCAUCGCCAAGCAGCUUGGUGAGAAGGUGACAACAGUUGCUGCGAUUAUUCGCAAAUGGAAGAAACACAAAAGACCUGUCAAUCUCCCUCGGCCUGGGGCUCCAUGCAAGAUCUCACCUCGUGGAGUUGCAAUGAUCAUGAGAAUGGUGAGGAUUCAGCCCAGAACUACACGGGAGGAUCUUGUCAAUGAUCUCAAGGCAGCUGGGACCAUAGUCACCAAGAAAACAAUUGGUAACACACUACGCCGUGAAGGACUGAAAUCCUGCAGCGCCCCCAAGGUCCCCCUGCUCAAGAAAGCACAUAUACAGGGCCGUCUGAAGUUUGCCAAUGAACAUCUGAAUGAUUCAGAGGAGAACUGGGUGAAAGUGUUGUCGUCAGAUAAGACCAAAAUGGAGCUCUUUGGCAUCAACUCAACUCGCCGUGUUUGGAGGAGGAGGAAUGCUGCCUGGAAACAUUAUGCUUUGGGGGUGUUUUUCUGCUAAGGGGACAGGACAACUUCACCGCAUCAAAGGGACGAUGGACGGGGCCAUGUACCGUCAAAUCUUUUGUGAGAACCUCCUUCCCUCAGCCAGGGCAUUGAAAAUGGGUCGUGGAUGGUUAUUCUAGCAUGACAAUGACCCAAAACACACGGCCAAGGCAACAAAGUAGUGGUCAAGAAGAAGCACAUUAAGGUCCUGGAGUGGCCUAGCCAGUCUCCAGACCUUAAUCCCAUAGAAAAUCUGUGGAGGGAGCUGAAGGUUCGAGUUGCCAAACGUCAGCCUCGAAACCUUAAUGACUUGGAGAAAAUCUGAAAAGAGGAGUGGGACAAAAUCCCUCCUGAGUUGUAUGCAAACCUGGUGGCCAACUACAAGAAACGUCUGACCUCUGUGAUUGCCAACAAGGGUUUUGCCACCAAGUACUAAGUCAUGUUUUGCAGAGGGGUCAAAUACUUAUUUCCCUCAUUAAAAUGCAAAUCAAUUUAUAACAUUUUGACAUGCGUUUUUCUGGAUUUGUUUGUUUUUAUUCUGUCUCUCACUGUUCAAAUAAACCUACCAUUAAAAUUAUAGACUGAUCAUGUCUUUGUCAGUGGGCAAACGUACAAAAUCAGCAGGGGUUCAAAUAUUUUUUUCCCUCACUGUAUGUAGCGUCCGAAUGGUUUGGCCUACAAGCUAUUAUGACCACUCUAUGGAAAGGGGGAACUCUCACGAACACGAUGGCUCAUCUGUAGGUAACCGGUACCGGUUUAGAAAAUGAAAGGAAGUAUGGAGGUACAGUAGUUUUGUGCCUACCUCCAAAAAAGUGUUAAAUAUGUGUAAAAAUAUAUAUAAAUUUCCUGAGCUUUCUUAUGUCUCCAAGAUAUAGGACAGACACUUCAAAAUCUUAUUCCUUAUGAUACAUUUUUUGACUUUAUUUUUUUGCCAUUUAUUAAUGUGGGAUUUGGUACUAAAGUAAUUAAUUCAAUAUUCAAUAUAUUUUGAUUUGUUGAACACUUUUUUGGUUACUACAUGAUUCCAUAUGUGUUUUUUCGUAGUUUUGAUUUCUUCACUAUUAUUCUACAAUGUAGAAAAUAGUAAAAAAUAAAGAAAACCCCUUGAAUGAGUAGGUGUCCAAACUUUUGACUGGUAGUGUAUAUUUUUUAUAUACAGUACCAGUCAAAGGUUUGGACACAUCUACUCAUUCCAGGGUUUUUCUUUAUUUUUACUAUUUUCUACAUUGUAGAAUAAUAGUGAAGACAUCAAAACUAUGAAAUAACACAUAUGGAAUCAUGUAGUAACCAAACAAUUGUUAAACAAAUCAAAAUAGAUGUUAUAUUUGAGAUUGUUCUUGGUAAAAUAGCCCUUACACAGCCUGGAGGUGUGUUGGGUCAUUGUCCUGUUGAAAAACAAAUGAUAGUCCCACUAAGCCCAAACCAGAUGGGAUGGCGUAUCGCUGCAGAAUGCUGUGGUAGCCAUGCUGGUUAUGUGUGUCUUGAAUUCUAAAUAAAUCACAGACAGUAUCACCAGUAAAGCACCCCCACACCAUAACACCUCCUCCUCCAAAAAUCUCAAAUUUGGACUCCAGACCAAAGGACAUUUAAACUAUUUAAACUGAAUCAUGUUGCAUCAAUUAAAACAUCAAUUUUUGUUUCAUUUUGAUCUAAACUAAGUACAUUUUCAAAGUUUAAUCAAACACGAAAUUUGGAUGGUUGAUGUGACGUCGUUGCCCGUGAGUAGUUUGUUCAAAUGACAAAUGUACCUAAUUUAAUGGACAUCCAGCAAAUAUUAUAUCAAUCCAAGUUUAAUUACUCACAGCUUUGCAUUAGUAACGUUGUGUUGAAACCUAUUCUUGAAGGUUAAUAAUGUAUGGUUUAACAUACUUUUUGUAAAUGUUUUCAGAAUGAAUGAAAUGGUAACAGUGAAGCUGGCUAGGAUGUCACUUUUGUGCAAAAGGCCAAUGAUCGUUGAGGAGCUGACCCUGGUCUUAUCUAGGCCAAAUCCAACAGAACAUGUGCAGUAUAGAGUGAUCAGUAGUUUAGCUUCACUGCUGACAGUGUGGACCAUAAGGAGCUUGGAUCUGACAGACUGUCCCAUCGAGGGUUACCUUCUUACUACCCUGUUGUGUCAUCAGGGUACGCUCACUAUCAGGCAAGUUUGUUUACCUAGUAUGUGGACUCUCAAACAAAAUGUCUCUAAAUGUGGGGUUUGCAUGUUAGGGAUUACCGUUUGAAUUGUCGAGAAUCCGCAUUGGUUUGUGUGUGUUUCUAUCUGCCUGUAUUCCUCCAUGACAGACUAAGUGAGGAGAUUCUGCAACAGCUGGCUGUUGUGGUGUAUGAGGCUCAGGACGUGGAACUGACCCAGUGCUUCCUGAAGAAGGUUGAUGGAGACCUGUCUAACUGUAGACUGGACUGGGAUGUGCUUCACUACCUGCUGAAGAGCACCACACAACCCAUCACCAUCAACCUCAUGAGGAGCAGAAUCAGACAGCAAGACAUACCUCAUCUUCUCCCGUUCCUGAAUAAUAUUCACUUUCAAAGGUCUGGUUAAAACAAUAUGAUGAUUGCUAUCAUCAGGGCCAAUAUCUUUGUCUUUCACAGUGAACAUUCAAUAACUAACAUGUAGCACCUAAUACAACAAUGUCUGCCUUCUUUUCUGCAGAAUGAAUUCCCACUUUGAGAGGACAGCGUUGAAAGAAAUACACAAGCAACGUGCUGGUCACAUGGUGACUACUUUAGUGAGGUCAUCAGAUGAAUGGAUCAACUUGAACAACCUGGUCUUGAACCAUGAUGACUGUGAAGCACUGCGCUUUGCCUUACACUACAGUGAUGGGGUCAAACUCAACCUGUUGUGGACCAUCAUUCCAAAGGAGGAGAUGGGGAGGAUCCUGAUUCUUCUACACAGGGUCUCUGAACUCAGGUCUUUGUCCACAUCACUGUCUAUUAGUGUCUCAAUGUGUUUUUUCUUGUACCUGAUUUAAGUAUUUGGUUUCUAGUUGAUUGGAAUGAGUGAAUUACAGUUAAUUGCACAUUAUUUUAUGUCCACCCAUGGUCCUGACUGUCCUGACGACCUUGCAGGGUAGACAGGAAACUACUCCUGGAGCUCCUCCAUGCCUGGACAGGGUUGAUAACACAAACAGAGGCACCCACUGCACUCUUGAGGGCUCUGCAUCACAAACUGGACCUCUCUCGCUCUUCUGCCAUGGAUCUGUCAGGGCAGGAGGAAGAGACUGUUUUGAGCCUCAGUUCUCAGGACUGUAGGGUCAUCUCUGCAGCCAUCCAUAAAGCUGAUGGUGACACAGAGCUGAUUCUACACGACUGUCAGGUUGAGGAUGCAGGACUAGAGGAGUUUUACAAAGAGUCCAUUUUACAAAGAGUCCAUUUGAGGUGAGAUGCCUUAAGCAGGUUUUUGCCUAUUCAAUUGAUAGUUUAUUGAUGGCAUAUAUAGACUAUCUAUAUGGGACUAUCCAAAUAAUGUAGGGCCCAGACGUUAUACUCUCAUGAGUGCUUUACUUUUGAAUUUCCAGUAGUGACACUGUUUAACUUUGUUCCCUCAUAGCCUUGGAAAACCUAUUUUGCUACAGCUCCUUCACUUGAUAUUUGUGGAAGAUGGAGGCAGGUCAGUGAGAAUUGCUUCACUACUAUCCAGAGCCCUGGGGAAGGAACUGGACCUCAGUCAGACCCUGUUGGACCUGAUGGCCUGUUCAUCACUGGCAUUGAUUCUGGAGCACUCAGAAGGGUUUUCGAAGCUGGACCUCAGCGACUGCCACCUCACCGACACACAUUUGGAGUUUCUGCUCACACAUCUGCACAAGGCACAAGUCCUAAAGUAAGGAUAUUUUCAGAUACAGUACAUUGAAUUAAGCAUAUUCUUUAUUUUUCAAAGUACUAACCCUUAGAGUGAUGACAUACAGGAAUGACAUAUUCGGUGGUGACAUAUUACGGUUACAUUGGUCACUUGUGGACCAGCACUCUUAAACCAUGAUCUCUUUUUCAGUCUAUGCAAUAAUGAAAUCACUGACGAAGGAGCUAUGAAACUAUACAGGAUUAGAAACAGCAUUACAGAAACUGUAUGGUGAGUAAAGGAGUGUUGAUAAUGUCUAUGGUUCCUUUACCUAGUUAUAACGUGUCUCAAUUAAGAAUCAUUUCUCUCCACAGGCUUUGCAACAACAAGAUCACUGAGUUUGACAGCUUCUUAGCGGAUAAACGUUACAAACUGUUGCCUGCUCACGUGUCAGGAAUGCAGGACCGACACAUUACAAACUUGGGCUCUACCUCUGUGAGAGAAGAGACCUCUAAAGUGUUUUCAAAGGUAGAUUGAUUUAAAGAGCAACAACAGGAACUGCCAUUUAAAGUCAGGUUUGCAAUCGAUUUGCAAAAUACUUACUUUUUCUUAGACAUAGGCUACAUAUUGUGGCAUUUGAAAAUGCUAAUUUUACUGUCUGUCACCUCUCAUGUACAGACCAAACCCAUUAUUACAGAAUAUGACCCUGAGAUAGUUGAAGAAGUUGAAGAAAGCAAGAUUUCCUACAGGUAACUCCCAUAGAUUGAAUCAAUUAUAACUACUGUUACACCUAAACAAGUAAGCUUCUUCCUCUCCUAUUUUCAUAAUGGAGUUUUCACUCUUAAGCCAACAAUCAUAAUAUGCACUGAUAUGAUAAUGUAACAUGUAAUAUGUCCUAAUAACAGAACUGUAGCUUUCUUAGAAUAACCAUUUUCCCUGUGCCCUGAGACCACCUUUAUAACAUAAGGCUAAUGUGCUUCUAUUUUAUGAUGCUACCCAGGUUCCAGUGUGAGUUUCGUGGCAAGUUCCAGUGCAAAGCUACAGGGCUGGUAUUUGGGAUGAGGGAGCCAGGUACCGUGGAGUAUAGUGUGGACCACUGGGACAUGCACAUGCUUGCUGACACCGACUAUGAGCCUGCAUGUCCUGUGUUUAAGAUCAGCUGUCCGGAGGGACAUAUGUACCAACUGCACCUACUUCACUGCGAGACUGAGGGUGAGUUUAAGCACUUUUUGAAAUAACCUUUUUUUCCAACAAUAAAUGUAUUCAAAAUGUUAAUUCAACAAAACAUGAGAAAGGUAAAAAUGGUAAGAAAGCAUCUGGAAAUAUUCAUGACGGUACACCUAAUUGUUUGUUUGUGUGACUGUCUCAUUAUUUUCCAGUCUACGCAGCUGAGGCUUUGUCUGUGGCUCACAUAUGCAGCAAUCGUCUGGAGAUUCUGGUACCUAAGAGGGUGACACAUUCACAUGUGAUUAUAAACAUCAAUGGGCUCUCCAGCUGGACUGUUGUCCGCAGCAAGGCAAAAAUAAAAAAACAAAUCAAUGGGCAGGUGCUUCUUUUUCUGGAGCUAAACGUUACAGAAGGACAACACAAGCUCUGGGUUUACCUAUUGCCCCGCAACGUGCCAUACACUGAGGUAAAUAUCACAUUUCUUUGUUUUAAUGUCCAGUAAACCUUCUCACAAUAAUUUCUUAGAUGUGGACUCCAAGUUCUUCUGUGACGGCAUUCAAUCCAUAUUUCAACUCAUUCCAAGUUUUUUUAGUUUUUUUUAUUUCACCUUUAUUUAACCAGGUAAGCCAGUUGAGAACAAGUUCUCAUUUACAACUGCGACCUGGCCAAGAUAAAGCAAAGCAGUGCGAUAAAAACAACAACAACACAGAGUUACAUAUGGGAUAAACAAAAAUGUACAGUCAAAACACAAUAGAAAAUCUAUAUACAGUGUGUGCAAAUGUAGUAAGUUAUGGAGGUAAGGCAGUAAAUAGGCCAUAGUGCAAAAUAAUUACAAUUUAGUAUUAACACUGGAGUGAUAGAUGUUCAGAAGAUGAUAUGCAAAUAGAGAUACUGGGGUGCAAAUGAGCAAAAUAAAUAACAAUAUAGGGAUGAGGUAGUUGGGUGGGCUAAUUACAGAUGGGCUGUGUACAGGUGCAGUGAUCGGUAAGCUGCUCUGACAACAGAUGCUGAAAGUUAGUGGGGGAGAUAAGAGUCUCCAGCUUCAGAGAUUUUUGCAGUUCGUUCCAGUCAUUGGCAGCAGAGAACUGGAAGGAAUGGCGGCCAAAGGAGGGGUUGGCUACGGGUGGGUGUUGCUAUGGUGACCAAUGAGCUAAGAUAAGGCGGGGAUUUGCCUAGCAGUGAUUUAUAGAUGACCUGGAGCCAGUGGGUUUGGCGACGAAUAUGUAGUGAGGACCAGCCAACGAGAGCAUACAGGUCACAAUGGUGGGUAGUAUAUGGGGCUUUGGUGACAAAACGGAUGGCACUGUGAUAGACUACAUCCAAUUUGCUGAGUAGAGUGUUGGAGGCUAUUUUGUAAAUGACAUCGCCAAAGUCAAGGAUCGGUAGGAUAGUCAGUUUUACGAGGGCAUGUUUGGCAGGAAGCCAAUUCUAGAUUUAACUUUGGAUUGGAGAUGCUUAAUGUGAGUCUGGAAGGAGAGUUUACGGUCUAACCAGACACCUAGGUAUUUGUAGUUGUCCACAUAUUCUAAGUCAGACCCGCCGAGAGUAGUGAUUCUAGUCAGGCGGGCGGGUGCAAGCAGUGUUCGAUUGAAGAGCAUGCAUUUAGUUUUACUAGCAUUUAAGAGCAGUUGGAGGCUACGGAAGGAGUGUUGUAUGGCAUUGAAGCUCGUUUGGAGGUUUGUUAACACAGUGUCGUGUCCAAUGAAGGGCCAGAUGUAUACAAAAUGGUGUCGUCUGCGUAGAGGUGGAUCUGAGAGUCACAAGCAGCAAGAGCGAUAUCAUUGAUAUACACAGAGAAUAGAGUCGGCCCGAGAAUUGAACCCUGUGGCACCCCCAUAGAGAAUGCCAGAGGUCCAGACAACAGGCCCUCCGAUUUGACACACUGAACUCUAUCUGAGAAGUAGUUGGUCAACCAGGCAAGGCAGUCAUUUGAGAAAUCAAGGCUAUUUAGUCUGCCAAUAAGAAUGCGGUGAUUGACAGAGUCGAAAGUGAAUCUCCACCGCCAUCAAUUACAAUAUCAUCCCAUGCAUCUGUGUUGUUACCACUGCAUUACAUAAUUUUAACAGCUGUUUCAAUUGAACUCAAAUUCAAAAGCGUCGCAAUUUUCUUAAGUCAGUAUCUUUCUGAUCUAUUUACAAUAUGUAUCUAUCAAUCUCUACUCAUUCAUAGGUAAUGAAGCAAAAUAAGACGUUUGAGUUCAUCCGUGCUUGCUCUGACUGCUACCUAAGGCCCAAUGCCCGAUACAGAGUGACCUUGGACCUCGAACAGGGCUUCAGCGUCCAUCCCAAGGUAAGAAAUUCCAUAAAGAAUGUUUUAUGUGUGUUAAUGACUGAUUUGAAGACAUGUCAUGAUCUACUGUGCUAUAAUGUAAUAGAAUCUAAGCUAAUAGGUAAGGAAAAGUGUGCAUGUUUGUUUACAGUGCCUCAUCCAUUGAAACAACACAGAUGUCAUUAUUGCGCCGCACCUGUCCUCUAUGACCAAUAACUCUGCUUUUUGUGUUAUAACUCACUAGGUUUUUCUCCUCCAGAUAUGCUUUAAAGUACAUUCUCUGUCAAAUGGGCAUAGAAUAUUUAGCCGUUUUGUCAGAAGGGAUUCUGUGUGACCUCCCUCUCUCUUUCUCUGUCAGGAGAAAGAUUUGCAUAUUCAUAAUGGCCCAGAUCAACAUGCCACAUUUACAGUCCUCUUGGACAGUAAAGUUACCAAAUUUAAGCUGAUGAUUCAGGAGUUCAAGAGGAUGGGGCAAAAGAAGGUGUGGAAACGCCAAUGGUUUGAACCGAUAUUGCUAAAGCCAGGUAACUGUUAUCUCACAUCUAUUUAUAGGCCUACAACUACCUUUCCCCUACCAGCAACUGAUUUUCAACAGAUUUUCAUCUACCUGCAAAUAAACACAAAACAUGUUAAUUUCCACUGUAUUUUGAAUAUUUUUGUUUUUUUCCAAAAGGAAGCAAUCUCACAGAGUCAGACUGGCUGCAUAAUCUGUGUCGCAUCCUGGAGCACCUGUCAACCAAGGAGUUCAAGAGGCUUAAGUGGCUAAUUAGAACCUCAAAUAAACUCCCACAGCCCAGUAUCUCCAAGAAUGACCUGGAGUGCUUGGAGGAGUGUCACGAGCUUGCAGAGCUAAUGGUAAAGAGCUGGGCGAUGAAUGGCUCCAUUUCAGCCACACGAUUUCUCAUGGAAGAACUGCCACGCAAAGACGAAACAGUGACAUCUUUGCUUCUGCCCUUCCUGGAGCAAUGUGGGGAGCUAAAGGUG